AUGCAAGGAUUCGUGGACCUUGACGACUCCAUUAUCAAGACUGCACCGGGAACGUCUAAGAGCGCCGACUCAUUCCAAGACAAGAUUAAGAAAAUGGCUCCCGCUUAUGCUGGUUCAUGCGCUCUGUUAUCUCUGUACGAUCCCAUCACAAGUCCGCUGCACGUUGCGUGUACGGGGGACUCAAGAGCAGUUCUGGGACAAAAAGGGUCAGACGGAAAGUGGGCAGAAAUUCCCUUGUCAGUAGACCAAACUGGCAGCAACGAAGAAGAGACCACCCGCAUUUCCAAGGAGCACCCUGGCGAGGAAAACAUCGCCAAAGGUGGACGGGUGCUUGGGCUCAUGGUCUCUCGGGCAUUUGGUGACAGUCUGUGGAAGUGGCCUCUGGAUUUCCAGAAAGAAAUGACGCACAAAUACAAUGGGCCAGCGCCCCUAACGCCCCGGUAUGAUGUUCGCAUACCUCCAUACUUGACAGCUGAGCCGGUUGUGACAAGCACCAAAAUCGAUCCCGACAAGCCCUCAUUCUUGAUUAUGGCAACGGACGGACUGUGGGAUCAUCUCUCUAGUGAGCAAGGUGUCGAGUUGUCAGGGAGCUGGUUGGAACCGAAAGGGAAGGAGAAAAAGAGCUUACCAGAGACAACAGAUGAAGCAUUUGACUUUGACAGAUUUUGGAAAGAUGUGAGUUGGAAGUUUGAGGAAGGGGGAACAACUAUACAAGAUGAUAAUGCUGCAGUACAUCUGAUGCGCAACUCCCUUGGUGAAAAUCACCACGAGUUGACAGCAGGCCGGCUUGCAUUUGGCCCUCCUUUCUCUCGACAGAUGAGGGAUGAUAUCACUGUGCAGGUUGUUUUGUUUAAUGCUCAAAAGUGA